AUGUCAAAAUUUUGUGGUGGUAUUGUUAUAUUUUUUGGUACAGAAUAUCUAUUAAGACUGUGGUCAGCUGGUUGUCGAAGUAAAUACAUGGGGAUUUAUGGUCGAUUUCGUUUUGCCAAAAAGCCUAUUGCAGUUAUAGAUUUGUUUGUUGUUAUUGCUUCUACACUUAUGAUUGCAUUUGCUAAUGAUAAACAGGCAUUUGCAGCGUCCGCAAUAAGAGGUGUUAGAUUUCUUCAAAUUUUGCGAGUAUUACAUGUUGAUCGUCACGGUGGUACAUGGAGAUUACUCGGAAGUGUUGUUUAUAUUCAUCGACAGGAAUUAAUAACAACGUUGUAUAUUGGAUUUUUGGCUCUAAUAUUUUGUUCUUAUCUUGUGUAUAUAGCAGAAAAAGAUGAAAAAAAGGGAGGUGAAAUGCGAGGCGUUAAAGCCAAUGACAGUCAUUUCGAAAGUUAUGCUGAUGCACUAUGGUGGGGAGUAAUCACAAUAACAACUAUUGGGUACGGUGAUGUCUAUCCUGUCACAUGGGUGGGAAAAAUCAUUGCUUCUUUUUUUGCCAUUUUUGCCAUUUCAUUUUUUGCAUUACCAGCGGGUAUCCUCGGUUCUGGUUUUGCACUCAAAGUUCAACAAAAACAACGACAAAAACAUUUCAGCCGUCAGAUCCCAGCUGCAGCAACUUUAAUACAAGCGGCUUGGCGAGUCUACGCAUCAGCUUCGGACAGCAAUUGUGUUGCCACAUGGAAUAUUUAUCUGCGUGCGAAUCCUAACGUUGUCAAUCAAACUUUCACCCAAAACAAUCACACUUUUGCGGGAAGAACGGCAGAAAAAUUAAGAUAUCUACGUUUAUCUGGCUCAAGUAGAAAAAGUCGAUCGAAACGCGGAAGUCAAGCCCCAAGUCCAAAUUGUUUACAGUCACCAGUAGCAGGGGAUGGACGUAGCUCCAGUUCAUCAGCGUCGAAUACCACAGAUUCUUAUUUUCCAGGAUGUUAUAUUGCACCUGCUGACCAUGAAGAAGAAGAAGAACAAGAACCGGAAGAAGAGACACCAUUAAGAUAUCACAAACUAUGGACAUUAACAGAUGACCAUAAAAGAGUGAUCAGAGCGAUACGAAAAAUGCAACUCGUUGUAGCCAGAAAACGAUUUCAGGCAAUACUUGAACAAUACUCACAUGGACAUAUCAACAUGAUGAUGAGAAUAAAAGAAUUGCAACGCAGAUUAGAACACUCAAUUGGUAAACAACCACCAAUUAUCGGAAGUGACACAUCUGAAAGAGAUCGAUCAAAACUAACGGUAUUAUCUCGGAUGACUCGUAUAGAAGCUAAUGUGGUAGAAAUGGGGCAAACAUUACAGAAUAUUGUUCAACUUCUCCAGAAUAUUGAUGAAAAACUAAAUGAAGCACUAUCAUCGCCGCCACGGAUAAUAUAUGGACGCACGGAACCGCUACAUUCAGAUGGUACAUUUGCUUCAGUAGAUGAUGAAAUACCGUAA